AUGACUGAUGGGAAAAGGAAAAGAGGCUCUGGCCCCUUUCAGUGCCCUUACUCAGGAUGUCUGAAGGUUUUCUCCAGGUCCGAUCACCUGAACAGGCACAGGGCCAAUCACUCCACUCAGAAGCUGAGGUGCGAAUGGCCAGGAUGUGGAAGACUAUUCGCCCGUUUAGACGUCAAGAGGAAGCACGAAAAUCGACAUGUUACAAGGCAAAACAACUUUGUAUCAGAAAGGUACGAUUCGUCAUCAAAUAAUAGAAGUGUGAAAGAAGCCACUCAUUUACAAGCUGAAAUACAGGUGAAUAUGUUGGGGGAUGAAUCUUCUGAUGCAAAUUUUGAGGACUUAGAAACAUCAAGCGAGAAACUCGCGAACAAAGAAGUGGAAAGGGUUUUGAUAGAGAAGGAAAGUAGAACAGUAGAAGAUGAUGCUGUUCCAAUCUCAGAGGAACUUCAAACGAAAAUGAGGACAACUCACCAUUAUCCGAGUGCCUUCACACCUACUCAAACGAUUCGAAAAACGCAAGGUGAGAACACAGCGCUGGAGAACACAGCUUCCGACAAAAACUCUAAGAACAUAAAUCUCGACCCAUUUCUCCCCAUUCAGUGGCUACUCAACGAACCCAUAAACGUGUCGCCUAUCAGCGGCCGAUUUUCCAAUCAGCCCGAGAAUGGGGCCUUUCAUGCUUCCUUCGAUGAUCCGCUAGGUACCUCUACUCUAGCAAUGCUAGAAGAAAUCUUUGCUUUGACGCCGGAAUUUCCCGCUGCGGAUAGUCAAACUAAGCUGGACGAGGGGUUACUAUUGAAAAUGACACAAUAUAUACCUGAGCUGGAAAGGCACCCCGAUUUCAAUAUCUCAAGUCUGGAGUGGUUUUUGGAAGUGUACUGGCUCCUAUAUCAUCGCCAGUAUCCAAUACUUCACAAACCAUCUUUUUCCACGCAUGAAGCUCAGCCGCUGCUCCUCUUGAGUAUCAUAACCAUAGGAGCUGCUUUUGCAAAAAAAACAACGACAAAUCAAAACGUUCGGCUUGUCGAUCCUGACGGCCUUGCAGAUCUGAUAGCAGAUCCUCUACGAUGGCUUAUCUUUGCAAGUGAGCAGGCCAAGCCUCCUUGUAAAGCGUGGGUAAUUCAAAGUUUGGUAAUUUUAGAGACUUUCGAAAUUACAAGCACCUCACGAUACUUACACGAACGAGCAUGCAUCUACAACGGAGCCAAAAUCCAGCUCUUGAGAAGAAGCCCCAUUCUUGGUGGAGACCCUUUUAAGUCAGUAGGAUCAGACGUCAGCCGAUCUAAAGACCUUUGGGGUACUUGGAUAGAGAGUGAGUCAAUGAAGAGGGUUGCCUUGAUGUCUUUUUACAUCGACAGUGUCCACGCCAUCGUUUAUGGACAUCCCCUUAAUUUUUUUGCUAGUCAAAUAAAGCUGUCUCUUCCUUGUCCAGACGACCUUUGGGAAUAUAAUGACUUUGACAGACAUAAGGCCCCUUUAUCUGUUGCUCAGACUCCUUUAUUCUGUGAUGGCCUUCAAAAGCUCUUGUGCAAGGAGACAGUUGAGGUAGGCCCCUUUGGUAGACAAAUCCUGUUAGCAGGGCUGAUUAAUUUACUUCUUCAGAUUGAACAAAACAUAUCUCAAUGGUCUAAUUUCGGAAGGAGUUCCAUUCAAGAAUCUUGGCGAGAGACGAUAUCGUCAGCAAUUAAUUUCUGGAAAACGGAACUUCCUUUGGGUGAUUGUUGCUUGACAUCGUCGAGCAUAUUUCCGUGCGACGCUGACUCUCAAUCACACUCGUUGCUGCCUCCGUUUCUGAGGGCUGAAGAUACAAGAUGUAGCUGCCCAGUUUAUCACGCCGUUCAGAUCUAUAUGAGAAUUGCUCAUUACGACUAUAUCGUAUAUGCUGGUGCUCCAAAGAGAAUGAAUGUUCCAAUUCUGGAAGAAGAUUACGAGGUAGUGGUCAAAAGAAUCGGAAGGUGGGCUGCAUCACCGGCUGGACCAUUGUGCGUGAUUGAGUCUAUAAUACUCUUGUGUGAGAUCUUAUUAUCCCCCGAGGAUUCACCGGAAGCGCUCAGUUACUUCUACGAACCUGACAAAGACCCUUUUAUUUAUAGGCCGAAUGCAGUAAUGUCUGCAACUCUUUCACUUUGGGCCUAUGCUUUUUAUUCCCUCGGACCAGAGUCUUCGUUCGGUGCCACAACGUACCAACUUCAAAUAAAUGAAGGUUACGCUCCCGCAAUGGAGGACGCGUCAACCUAUCUCAGCCGAAUACGCCAUCAAUUCAAGAUUGCAACUGGGAAGUCCUUCGCGGAUUUAAAGUGCAUGAAUGCUAAUGAUCAUGUCGUUGCAAUCAAAGAAUAUUACGUCGAAUUCCCGAAGAUAGAUAACUUGCAUUAUUUAGUGGGUUUACUGACUUCCUUGAGAAAGGGCUACGCCAAAUGCCGGUGGCACGUAGGGAGAGAGUAUUCAAGACUCUUAGAUAAUUGCAUCAAACGAAGUUUAGGGAGCAAAACAGUUUUUUGCAGCGACAUGUAUAACGUAAUUGACUAA